ACAAUUGAAGGAUUAAAGUUAUCAAAAUUAAAGGAAAAAACAUCUCCAAAUGUGUAAAUUCAUCUUUAAUCCCAUGUUAACUUGAAUUACGAUUAAUGUUGGCUUUUUUGCUACCAAAUAAUAUAAAAGUUAUGUCAAGUUGAAGCCAAUCGAAGCCACAAGGAAAGAUUCAUUUACUCACAAUUCAUUCGACAUUUUAAAUUUCUCGAAAUUCUGAAGGCCAAAAUUACACUUCUUUUGUCUUAUUUAAUCCCAAUCAUUGUCUUAAAUAUUCCAUGUGUCAUUUUUUUUCAACGAAAAUUCAUCAUCAAGCAACAAUUUUAUUUGGAAUCCGUUGAUUAUCCAAAAUCUGUGACAAAACUUUGAUGCUUGGAUUAUAAUCAGCUAAUUACAAGCAAUUUCUUGUGAAAAUACGAUUAUUAACCUAUUAAUCAAUUGAUUAGACUUGGAGUUGUUGCUAUUUCCAACUCUGAUUAUCUUUUUAAUCAUCUUUUAGUAACAGUUUUGAUAAAAAACUGUAAUUUGUUGUUUAAUUUGAAACUACAGUAAGAGAUGGCAGCGCUGAAAAGCCACUCCCAGAGGCUCUCCCCUCAGUGAGUUGGAUGUGGGAUGAUGAGUGAAGUACAAAGGUUUCAAUGUUCAGUAAACUAACUGAAGUAAUGAAUAGAUUGACAAUUUUCAUCAACUUGUUUACUAUUCUGUUUUAUCCAUCAAUUUGUGUUUGAUUUUCUUAAAUUCAUCAAAUAUCACCACUUCAGAGAUGAAUUUAAUCUGACGGGUUAAUUUGUUACCUUUCUUUGUGUUUUUACUUUUACAAGACGCUGUGACCAUUUUUUUUCUGUCAAAUGUAGACUUAGCCGAAACAUUCGAUGCUGAAAAAUACUCACAUAAUUAAUCUGGAAUCAUCUUGGCUUCAUCUGACAAUGUUCCAUGUCAAUGGUUGUGUUUUACCAAUUUAAUGAUCGCUACUGAUACGACUUCAUCUGACAGUGUUUCUAUGUCAAUACUUGUGUUUUACCAAAUCAAUGAUUACUACUGAUAUGACUUCAUCUGACAGUGUUUUCUAUGUCAAUGCUUGUGCUUUACCAAUUUAAUGAUUGCUACUGAAAUUUUGUGUUUAUUUUAAAUCCCAAUCAAUGUUUAUUAUAUUUAUGAGUUUUCUUCUCACCCAUUGAUACCAAAUUAAUAUAAUUUAAAAAUGAUAACAGUGGGACCAACGGUGUUGUCAAUGCCUUCCUCCGCGGGUAUAACUAUUGAUCCACACAAAGAACUGUUUCAUGCUUGUCGCAAUGGUGAUUUAAUAAAGGUUAAAAAAUUGGUUAACAAAUCAAAUGUAAAUAUUCGAGAUAAUAAUGGACGUAAGUCAACUGCACUUCACUAUGCUGCCGGAUUUGGUCGCAAAGAUAUUGUUAAUUAUCUUCUCAAUACCGGUGCCAAUGUUCAUGCUAAAGAUGAUGGCGGUUUAGUUCCCUUACACAAUGCUUGUUCCUUUGGUCAUGCCGAGGUUGUCCAAAUGUUACUUAAACAUGGCGCUGACCCUAAUGCUCGUGAUAAUUGGAACUUUACACCUCUCCAUGAAGCAGCCAUCAAGGGUAAAGUUGAUGUUUGUAUAGUUUUACUUCAAUCCCGUGCAGAUCACAAUAUUAUGAAUGCUGAUGGACGAACUCCUCUUGAUUUAGCUGAUAGAACAGCCCAAUCUGUUUUAAUGGGCCUUUAUGGUAAAGAAGAGUUGCUUGAAGCAGCACGAAAUGGAAAUGAAGAAAAAUUAAUGGCAUUAUUAACACCCUUAAAUGUGAAUUGUCAUGCUAGUGAUGGUAGACGGUCAACACCGUUACACCUUGCUGCUGGUUACAAUCGAAUGAGAAUAGUGAACAUACUUUUACAGUAUGGUGCAGAUGUCCAUGCCAAGGAUAAAGGUGGUUUAGUGCCACUUCACAAUGCUUGUUCAUAUGGGCAUUUUGAGGUUGCCGAGUUACUCAUUAAACAUGGAGCCAAUGUGAAUGCCACUGAUUUAUGGCAGUUUACUCCAUUACAUGAAGCAGCCUCCAAAAUGCGGGUUGAAGUUUGCUCUCUUCUACUUGCCCAUGGAGCUGAUCCUUACCUUAACAACUGUCAUGAUAAAACGGCCAUUGAUAUAGCACCGAAUAAAGAACUUCAAAUAAGAAUCAUAAAUGAAUACAAGGGACACUGUUUAUUUGACGCCAUUCGCUCAGGUGAAAUAAGUAGAGUGAAAAAAUAUCUAACCAGUGAAACAAUUAAUUUUAAACAUCCAUUGACCGGUGAUACUGCACUUCAUUUAGCCGCUAUUUCACCUCAUACUAAACGUAAACAAAUAACAGAGGCUCUUAUUGCCAAAGGAGUUUUAUUAAACGAGAAAAACAAAGAUCAUUUCUCACCUUUACAUAUAGCAGCGGAUAAAUCUCAUUACGAUGUUAUGGAAAUUUUAUUAAAAGCUGGAGCCAAGGUCAAUAGUCUGGAUGGUUUGGGUCAAACUUGUCUCCAUCGAUGUGCUCGAGAGGGUAACCUUCAAGCUUGCCAGAUUUUACUAUCCUAUGGUGCUGAUACCUCGAUAGUCUCACUACAGGGGUACACAGCAGAUCAAGUCGCCAAGGAAAACAUUCAAAAGUUGUUGGCCAACCAUAAAGCCACAUCCACGGACGAUGCUGAAUUUAAACUUUUGGAGGCAGCGAAAGCUGGAGACUGUGAUACUGUUAAAACGAUUCUCAACUCAUUUCCUCAUCUUGUUAAUGUCCGUGAUUCCGAUGGACGACAGUCAACUCCUUUACACUUGGCCGCAGGUUAUAAUAGGGUAGACAUUGUUGAUCUGUUGCUUAAACGAGGUGCCGAUGUUCAUGCCAAGGAUAAAGGCGGCCUGGUUCCACUUCACAAUGCCUGCUCCUAUGGUCAUUAUGAGGUGGCCGAAUUGUUGGUAAAGAAAAGUGCUAACAUUGAUGUUACCGAUUUAUGGAAAUUUACUCCACUCCAUGAAGCUGCAGCCAAAGGCAAAUAUGAUAUAGUCAGAUUAUUGCUCCGUCAUGGAGCUGAUCCAUCGAAAAAAAAUCGUGAUGGUCAUAUGCCAUCGGACCUAGUCAAAGAUGGUGAUCAAAAUAUAAUUGACCUGCUCUCCGGUGAUUACUCUUUACUGGAUGCAGCUAAAAAGGGUAACCUUUCCCGUGUCAUGAAACUGGUUACUCCAGAAAAUAUUAACUGUCGUGAUUCCCAGGGACGUAAUUCAACACCGCUUCACCUUGCAGCGGGUUACAAUAACAUUGAAGUAGCAGAAUACCUUUUAGAUAAAGGUGCUGAUGUCAAUGCACCCGACAAAGGUGGAUUAAUACCUUUACACAAUGCAGCAUCUUAUGGCCAUUUAGAUAUUGCUGCAUUGUUAUUGAAACAUAAUUCUCAAGUGAAUGCAACUGAUCGAUGGGGAUUCACACCAUUACAUGAGGCUGCCCAAAAAGGACGAACCCAAUUGUGUGCCUUACUGCUAAAUCAUGGAGCUGAUCCACAUUUGAAAAACCACGAACUUCAAACAGCUCUUGAUUUGGCGACGGCAGAAGACGUUCGUUGUUUACUUAUGGAUGCAAUGGCAACCAAUACGGCAGUGACUUCUGCAAAAACCGAUCCAGUAUCCAAAGUUAUAACAUCGUCACCGACAAAUGGUGUUAUUUCACAAGUUUCUGGAGCAAUUGGUGAUAUUGUUUUAACAAGUAUAAAUGGCGCUAGCAACCUUAACAGUAUUGUUAAUAAUAACAACAAUAAUAAUAGUCUGAUUGACGACAGUAAUGCUACGAAUAAUAACAACAAUAAUAAUAAUAAUAGUAUCAAUUGUAAUGGCAAUGGAAAAGCUGUCUGUAACAAAAAUAUCUCUGAUGGUUCUGUUGUCAAUGGUACUUCGAUUAUUAUUAUGGAUUCAUCAAAUGGAUUACACUCUACCUCACCAACAUCCUCAUCCCCAUCAUCAUCCUCAUCAACCUCACCAACUCCAGUUUCCACGUCUCAGUUGGAUUACAAUGUGCCUUCCGCCCUUAACCUACUUAUUUCCCAGCGUAAUUCUGCCAAUGUCAAUGGUGAUGUUUCCUCUGCUCUGGGACCCAAGGCUGAUGGUGGAACCAAUUUAAAGAAAAAUGUUCCUUCUCUAUCUAACUUUAUGCCUGGCUCGACGCCACAGAUUUGUAUAAGUCGAUUCUUGACUAACCUUGGACUUGAGUGUCUGAUUGAACUUUUUGAAAAGGAACACAUUACCACCGAUAUUUUGGCUGAGAUGGGCCAUGAAGAGUUGAAACAAAUUGGGGUCAAUGCCUAUGGACAUCGUCAUCGUCUUUUAAAAGGAAUUGAAAAGUUCCUCCUUUCAACCCAUUUUUCAGCUCAACACAUGAUUCCAGCCUCUUCAGGAACCAUUUUGGUUGAUCUUUCCUCUACAGACUCAGAAUAUAAACUGGUUGAAGAUGAAAUGCAAUCUAGUAUUCGGGAACAUAAAGAUGGUGGAGCCUCCGGAGGCAUUUAUACUCGUUAUAAUAUAAUUAAAAUUGAACGUAUAAGUAAUCGCAAAUUGUGGGAACGUUACCUUCACCGGCGACAAGAAAUUUGUGAAGAGAAUCACAUGUAUGCCAAUGAAAGAAUGCUAUUCCAUGGAUCACCUUUUAUCAAUGCCAUUAUUCAGAAAGGUUUUGAUGAAAGGUAUGCCUACAUUGGCGGUAUGUUUGGUGCUGGCAUUUAUUUUGCCGAAAAUUCAUCCAAAAGUAAUCAAUAUGUUAAUGGUAUUAUGGGUGGAAACGGAUGUACUGCCCAUAAAGAUCGAUCAUGUUACUCAUGUAAACGUCAAUUACUUCUUUGUCGUGUUGCCCUGGGUAAAUCGUUUUAUCACUUUAGUGCCAUUAAAAUGGCCCACGCCCCGCCGGGACAUCAUUCCGUUGUGGGCAGACCCAGUGGAGGUGGACUCUCGUAUCCAGAAUAUGUUGUAUAUAGAGGAGAACAAGCAUACCCUGAAUACCUUAUAACAUACCAAAUCGUCAAACCAGAUCCAUCUUCGUCUAAUUCGGUUAUCAUGUUCUCCUAAAAUAUAAUAAUAAUGAUAAUAUAUAAUGUCAAACAUAUAUAUAUAAAAAUAUAGAUAAAUAUAUAUACAGUCAAGCUAAAAAGUUUGGAAAACCAUUUUUAUUUUAUUAAUAAAACUGUACCAAUUGUUUUUUUUCUUCUUCCUCACUGGUGGACUUUUUCCCGAAAACCAGAAAGUCCUGAAUAUCCUCUUUACCCGUUGGUUUUAACACAAAAAAGAUUCACAUGUUUAAAGUCAGUUGGAGUAAUGAAAGCAAUUGUAACAAUUAAUGAAAUUUGAUGAUGUAUGAUGAAUCAAUGAAAAGGAUUUCAUUCACUGUCAAAUGGAUGGUUCCUUUUUGCUGUAUUAGAUAUGCGAUAUUUUGUAUGAAAUUAACUGUGUGUUUUCAUCACAGCAACUCCUUCAAAUUCAAUUGUAAAGUGAACGCAAAUGUUUAAAUUUUCCGUUUUCUCCUUGUAAAUCGAUUUAUCCCUGAACAUAAUCAAGAAUGGGCUUCAACUUGGAAUCAUCAGAUUGCAACAAAUGGACAAAAUAGUUUGCCAAUGGCAAUUAAAAACUCUGUAGCUUUCCUCUGUUUUUUUCCUCCUCCUGCAUAUCUUGAUGUAUUGAAAGUGAAGCCCAUUCAUUCCAGAUUAUGUUUCAGAUCUUUAAAAAGUACUCUGUAAAUCAGUUACAUCAUGUUUUUUUAUAUAUUAUCAUUGACCAUCUUUUUGUCAAGAAACUAGCUUUGUACAAAUAUAUACCAACCAAGUCACUUCAA